AAAGAGAGAGAGAGAGAGGAGACAGAGAGAGAAAAUUUGGUGUCCCCAUGGACAGAGAGAGAGACAGAGAUUUAUGGUCUUUCUAUAGACAGAGAGAGCGAGUGUAUGUGUGAGAAGCGGUUUUGGGGAUUCGGUAACGUGGACUGCGUUCAGUUGUUGUUGCUCUUCUCCAUACACGAGAAGAAAUUAAAGCCAAGAAGAAAAAUCGGUUUUUUUUUAAACCAGGAAAGUGGUUUUGUUGCUGAGAAGACACAGCUGAGAGUGGUUUUGUAACUGAAAAAAGGUGGGAGUCUUUUGGUUUAUUUUUUUCUGAGCUUGAAUGGCUCAUGUGGAUGUGGGUAUUAGAGGAGGAGUUUCUCAUGGGGUGCAGAGACAAAGUUCAGGCUCGGGAUGUGAUGAUCUGUCAACAGAGCUAUGGAAGUCAUGUGCAGGGCCUUUGGUAGAUGUUCCUAAAGUAGGAGAGAAGGCUUACUACUUUCCCCAGGGUCACAUAGAACAAUUAGAGGUGUCUACAAACCAGGCUUUGACUCAACAAAUUCCUCAGUUUGGUCUUCCUUCGAAGAUACUUUGUCGAGUUGUGAAUCUUCAAUUAUUGGCAGAAGCAGAGAACGAUGAAGUCUAUGCACAGAUCACUUUACUCCCCGUGCCGGAUCAAACCGAGCCCAUCAGUCCUGAUGAAUGCAAGCCGGAUCCACCUAAGCGGGUUGUUCACUCAUUUUGUAAGAUUCUAACGGCAUCAGAUACAAGUACUCAUGGAGGGUUUUCUGUUCUCCGCAAGCAUGCCAAUGAAUGCCUUCCACCCUUGGACAUGUCUCAGGCAACCCCAACACAAGAUUUGAUUGCCAAAGAUCUUCAUGGAUACGAGUGGCGAUUUAAGCACAUAUUUAGAGGUCAACCUCGAAGGCACUUACUUACGACUGGGUGGAGUACAUUUGUAACCUCUAAGAGGUUAGUUGCUGGUGAUGCUUUUGUAUUCCUGAGAGCUGAUAAUGGGGAAUUGCGUGUUGGGGUUCGUCGUCUUGCUCGGCAGCAAAGUUCUAUGCCUCCAUCUGUGCUGUCGAGCCAAAGUAUGCAUUUAGGAGUUCUUGCUACUGCAUCUCAUGCUAUUAGAACGGAAACCCUUUUUGUUGUGUAUUAUAAGCCAAGAACAAGCCAAUUUAUCAUCGGACUAAACAAAUACCUAGAGGCUAUGCGCCAUGGCUUCUCAGUGGGUAUGCGUUUCAGGAUGAGAUUUGAAGGAGAAGAUUCUCCCGAGAGAAGGUUUUCUGGAACAAUAGUUGGGGUGGGAGACAUCUCCUCGCAGUGGAAAGAUUCAAAAUGGCGCUCAUUGAAGAUUCAAUGGGAUGAACCAGCUACUAUUCCUCGCCCGGACAGGGUUUCGCCGUGGGAGAUUGAACCUUUUGUAGCUUCUGCUUCUGCAGACAUAGUCCAACCCGGGACAAAAACUAAAAGGCCUCGACCCCUUGAACUUCCAUCUAACGAAGACAAAACUACAUCUGUUGCUUCUCCAUUCUGGUAUCCUGGACCGAAAUCCGCUGGUGAAACCAUAAGCAAUGCUGAUCAAGCUUUCUGGCAGUUGAAGCAGAAAGACCUUAACGGAAGGGCCUGCAAUGAGAGCAGUGUCACCGCUUCUAGGGCUCAUCCAAGUGGAAUGUGGCAACCUGGUAUGGUUCCGAGUGGUUUUGAGACAAUAGAAGACAGCACAAACAUGCCUCCACGGUUGUCUAUUUCUGAAUUCAGUUCUCCCAUCCCGUCAAUAGCAAGCAACGGGGCCUUGCUUGACCAAGUGGACAGGUCCAAAAAGUCGGCUAUCCGUAUAUUUGGAAUUGAGUUUAGCAAUGCUGAUAAUUAUCGUCGGGAGAAAGAAACGCCCUGUUCAAAUACCAUGCCAAGUAACGCCAACAAUGCUUCCGCUGUUUGUGAUGCAAAUGGAGUUGGUGCAGUUCAGAAAUUAGAGCAUCUUAAGUCUUCACGAGAAAUAAAACUAGUGGAGGCAUCGCUGAAGGAUACGCUAAGCAAACCAUCUGUUACUACUCCGAGAACUUGCACGAAGGUGCAAAUGGAAGGCUCACGUUUUGGACGUGCGGUUGAUUUGACAACAAUGAAGGACUAUGAUGACCUCUUAAAUGAGCUCGAGGAAAUCUUUGAACUUAAAGGUGAACUUUGUCCUCGAAGCAAGUGGGAGGUCAUAUAUGCGGACGACGAGGGAGAUAUGAUGCUUGUAGGCGACGAUCCAUGGCCGGAGUUCUGCAAAAUGGUGAGGCGGAUCUUCAUAUGCUCAAGCGAGAAAGUGAAGAAGAUGAGUAGCAAGUGUAAGCUUCCUUUAUUGUCUGAUGAGGGUGAAGUGACAAUAGUUAGCUUAGAAUCAGAGCUAAAAUCCGAAGGGUGAUAUAUAGUUCCUAGAUUUAUCUGGGAAAGGGUCUCCGAAUAAUAUGUACUAGUAGAAGUUUGUUUUUGAUUUCGUUUUUUUUGGGGGGAGGGGGGAGGUUUGCUCAACAAGAAUUUAGGAGCAAAUCAGAAUGCACAGGGUGAUAGAUGUAAGAAAAGAUGUACAAGACUUGCUUCUUAGUCUUAGUGAAGAAGUGGUCUGAAAUGUGAAUACCAACCUAGUGGUUUGUGAGGACUGAUAAAAGAGUAAUGGGGCUUUUGCUUGUUUCAGUCUAAAUGGAACAAUUUUAGACAUUGUUGCCUGUUGAUGGCAAAACAAUAUCUUUUGGGUUUUUUAUAUUUUAUUUAUGGUAAGUGGAUAGUUGAAUUUGAAUAAAAUUUUGCCUAAAGUUGAAAGUGAUAA